AGGAAGGCAAACAGAGAGAACCAGUACCCAAGAACACACCCACACCUGGCAACAUACUCAGAGCGGAUGAGCUGUUAGGUCCAGGUCUUUUUCUUGUAAAAGGUCAUAGCCAAAGAAUCAUCUAGUAGAGUAACAUACUUCAGGCUUGUACGUUGUUGUCAGUUGAACGCCCCUAUAGUGAAAAACCCUGGGGCUGUGGGCCCAUAAACAAUGACCUGUAUGCCAGACUACCGGUCCAGCCUGAUCUCUGGUGACACUUCCUCGAUCCUGAUAAGGAGCUGUUUCACAACGCUGGUUGAGGAUUACUACGCACACAAACUUCUCUGCAGAGGGCUUAGCACAAUCUGGAAACCAAUAUGUUGGACCUGUGUCGCAGGAGGAAAGUACUUGCCAUCAUCAUCUUCUUCUGCCUUUUUGGAAACCUGCUACUUCUGAUUUUUCGGCGGCCUUCGAUAUUGAACAGGUUCCUUCAACAUGAAGCUGUAGAGUCCCAAUCUCUCCCUGUCCCUGGAGAGUCCCAAUCUGUCCCUGUUAAAAUGAAAAACACAACUGUUCUAGUGUGGUACUGGGCUUUUGGAAUCAAGCAGCACUGGGAGGGAGAUGUUUGCAAAGACAGAUAUGGCAUACCUAACUGUAUUUUGUCAGAUGAUCGGUCACUGUUUCCUCAGGCAGAUUUUAUCGUUUUCCACAACCGCGAACUGAUUAACAGACAAGAAAGGCUGCCGGAACAUUUGGCCCGUCCACCUAAUCAGGCAUGGGUGUGGUUCUCCAGGGAAAGUCCAGCGUAUAACGGAGACACCAGGUUCCUGGCUGGUAAAUUUAACUACACCAUCUUCUACCGACGUGAUGCAGACUUUUUUAACCCAUUUGGUUACUUGGUGCCACGAAAUUCUACUGGAAUGACGCUUGAUGAUUUUAUACCAAAGGAAAAGUCUUACUUGGCAUGUUGGGUUGUGGGGCACUAUGCGGCUGGUCAUGAGCGGACAAAGCUGUACCUUAAAUUGAAACAGGUCAUACCAAUUGAGUGGUGGGGGGCAGCAGCACACAGAGGCCUGCAUGGUGACCUCUUGUUACCCACAAUGUCUCACUGCUACUUCUACCUGUCCUUUGAGAAUUCAAUCUUCCGAGAUUAUAUCUCGGAGAAGGUGUGGAGGAACGCCUUUCAGUCUGGAGCUGUGCCAGUAGUAUUAGGUCCGCCCCGGAAGAACUACGAGGAGAUGUUGCCAGAAGGUUCGUUCAUUCACGUGAAUGACUUUAAGAACGUAGCGGAGCUUGGAGAGUUCCUCAAGAAACUGGCCGAGGAUAAGGAACGCUACGCGUCAUACUUCAAGUGGAAGCUGAACUACACUGUGGAAACCUUUAUGGGCAAUGAACAUUGGCUGGUGGAACCAUUUUGUCGAAUCUGUACCAAACAAAGCACCAUACAAAGGCCAAAGGUGUAUAAGGAUUUACAUGGUUGGCAAUGGAAAUGAAAUAUGACAUAAGCAUAACUAGACAAGUGUUGUUGGGAACUAGAAAAUGUGACGCUACGGCCUGUUUUUGUGCCCUUUGGAGCAUCCCCGAAGGUAUUGGGUUUGGUGUAGUGAUGGCCAAGACGAGGCUUUGUGAAACACUGGAACAGUUGAAACACUUGUGCCAUGAAAACAUGAAGUUCGCAUAGUGACAUCUAGUGGUAAUAUCUAUGUGCUAAUGCAGAAAGUCUGCAAAGUGAUUUACGCUUACGCUAACAAAAUGUGUACUGGGGUGAAUUUCUCGAAACCAAAGUUGCUUACUACAUUAGCUACUUUGUUGUUUUCAAUGCAUUUUCCCAUUGGCAACUACAGAAGUUGCUAACAGGCUAACAACUUCCCCUUUGAGAAACUCACCCCAGGUGCGGUGGCUCAAUGAGCUACGUUGCCAUACCAUUAUGCCGGUAACCAGGGUUCCAUUCUAGUCUGAUCCUUUACUGUCUCUCUCAACUGUCCUGUCUUU